GAGAGAGAGAGAGAGAGAGAGCAAAAGAGAGAGUCCAGGGAAAUGAAACUGUAGAGAGGGACCUCUGCUUUUUUUUCUCCUCCCUCCCCCACCCCCUUCUGGCUCCUCUGUGUAUCUAUAUUUGUGCCUUUUCGCAAAGUCUGAAGGCUUGCGGUGUGGUGGUCAGUCACGUCUGUCAGGCAGCUAGUGAGAGGACAGGGCAGCGGUGAUGGGUGUCUGACCCCAAGACUCCAAUCAGUCUCUGCCCAGGAGGACACCUGCUGUCCCUGACGAGCUCCGUAGGACCACAGCUGCAAGAGCCGCGCCGUGGACCGUGCCGUUCCCUCGAGCCAGCGUCGGCUCCCAUGGUUCCCUGAGCACCGCACCUUCGCUCGGAAGAACUUGUUCACUGGGGACUGAAAACAAGAGUCUGAAGUAUUACGACAAGGAACAGUGAGAGGGGAGCAGUGGCAGUCUGAGCGAGCAAAAGCAGGGUUUUGGUGAGCGAUGGCGGGGCAAGGUUUGUCCGCGGGCCUCCUCCUCCUGCUCCUGGGGGUCCUCUCCCUUGCCCACGGCUCCAUCUUCUUGUCCAGCCAGCGCCUGAAGGCCCGCUUCCAGAGGGACCGCCGCAACAUCCGCCCAAACAUCAUCCUCAUCCUCACUGACGACCAGGACCUCGAGUUAGGCUCCAUGCAGGCCAUGAACAAGACGCGGCGGAUCAUGGAGCAGGGCGGCACCCACUUCUCCAACGCCUUCGUCACCACGCCCAUGUGCUGCCCCUCGCGGUCCUCCAUGCUGACGGGGAAGUACGUGCACAACCACAACACCUACACCAACAAUGAGAACUGCUCCUCCCCUUCCUGGCAGGCCCAGCACGAGCCCCGUACCUUUGGGGUCUACCUCAACAGCACCGGCUACCGCACAGCCUUCUUCGGGAAGUACCUGAAUGAGUACAACGGCUCAUACGUGCCCCCUGGUUGGAGGGAGUGGGUGGGGCUGGUGAAGAACUCCCGCUUCUACAACUACACCCUAUGCAGGAACGGCGUUCGAGAGAAGCACGGCUUCGACUAUCACAAGGAUUACCUUACUGACAUCAUCACCAAUGACAGCAUCAGCUACUUCCGCUCAUCUAAGAAGAUGUACCCCCACCGGCCUGUCAUGAUGGUUCUGAGUCACGCUGCUCCCCAUGGCCCGGAGGAUUCAGCACCCCAGUACAGCAAUGCCUUCCCCAAUGCCUCACAGCACAUCACCCCGAGCUACAACUACGCCCCAAACCCGGACAAGCACUGGAUCAUGCGCUACACGGGCCCCAUGAAGCCCAUCCACAUGGAGUUCACCAACAUGCUGCAGAGAAAGAGGCUGCAGACCCUGCUCUCUGUGGAUGACUGUGUGGAGAGGGUUUAUAACAUGCUGGUGGAGACUGGCGAGCUGGACAACACGUACAUCAUCUACACGGCAGAUCACGGCUACCACAUCGGCCAGUUCGGCCUGGUCAAGGGCAAGUCCAUGCCCUAUGAGUUUGACAUCCGUGUGCCAUUCUACAUACGAGGCCCCAAUGUAGAGGCAGGAACCAUCAACCCCCACAUUGUGCUGAAUAUCGACCUGGCCCCCACCAUCCUGGACAUUGCUGGCAUGGAUAUCCCCCCCGACAUGGACGGCAAGUCCAUCCUGAAGCUGCUGGACACAGAGAAGCCUGUCAACAGGUUCCAGUUUAACAAGAAGGGGAAAGUAUGGAGAGACUCUUUCCUGGUAGAGAGAGGGAAGUUGCUGCACAAGCGGGAUGAUGGGAAGGAGGUGGCUCAGGAAGAGAACUUCCUACCCAAGUACCAGCGUGUGAAGGAUUUGUGUCAGCGUGCUGAGUACCAAACACCCUGCGAACAGCUGGGACAGAAGUGGCAGUGUGUGGAGGAUGCAACCGGGAAGCUGCGCCUCUACAAGUGUAAGGGCAUGGCCAGCCUCUCCGCCACACGCAAGCAGGGCCUGCCCAGCAUCAAGUCCAAGUUCUACGGGCGCAACGCGGACCCGGAUGGCUGCGACUGCAGCUACCCCAGCUUCCGAAUGAGCCCCUUCAAGAAGAAGAAGCUGUUUUCCAAGAAGAAGCUGAAGUCCAGUAAGAGCUACUCACGGAACCGCUCAUCCCGCUCGGUCUCCCUGGAGAUGGACGGGGACCUGUAUGCUGUGGACCUGGAGGAUGGGUACCAGCCUGUGGCCCCCAGGAACCUUAGCCAGGUCAGAGAAACAGUACUGGGGUCUAGGGAUGAAGAGGACGAUGACUUCAGUGGCAUGGGAGUGACCGUCAGCCCCAAAACCAGUAUUAACAGCCUCAUCGUGCCCUCCUCCAUCAAAGUCACCCACAGGUGCUCCAUCCUGGCCAAUGACACGGUCAAGUGUGAUAUGGGGCUGUACAAGUCACUGCAGGCGUGGAAGGACCACAAACUGCACAUUGACCAUGAGAUCGAAACCUUGCAGACGAAGAUAAAGAACCUACGUGAGGUCAGAGGUCACCUGAAGAGGGCGCGGCCUGAGGAGUGUGACUGUAACAGAUACAUGUACCAAUCUAAACACAAGGGGAAGCUCAGACACAAAGGAAGCAGUAUCCACCCUUUCAGGAAAAUGCUGGACAAGGACAAGAAACAGUGGCUUCUGAAGGAGCAGAAACGCAGGAAGAAGCUGCGCAAGCUGCUGAAGAGACUGCGCAACAAUGACACCUGCAGCAUGCCCGGCCUCACCUGCUUCACCCACGACAACCAGCACUGGCAGACCGCCCCCUUCUGGACAAUGGGUCCGUUCUGUGCCUGCACCAGCGCCAACAACAACACUUACUGGUGCAUGAGGACCAUCAAUGAGACGCACAACUUCCUGUUCUGCGAGUUUGCCACUGGGUUCCUGGAGUAUUUUGACCUCAACACUGAUCCCUACCAGCUGAUGAAUGCAGUGAACACACUGGACCGCCAUGUUCUCAACCAGCUGCACGUUCAGCUGAUGGAGCUGCGUAGCUGCAAGGGCCACAAGCAGUGUAAUCCCCGCAUUCGCAACCUGGAGAUCGGAGGUAAAGAGCGAAGCAGCUUUGAUGAAUACAGGCAGUUUCAUCGUCGAAAGUGGCCAAAAGUGAAGAAGCCCACCUCCAAAUCGCUAGGACAGAUUUGGGAAGGAUGGGAGGGCUAGGGCCCUGGUGCCCCUCCACCUGGACCUUCCCGGGGAGACCAACUGGUUAGAACUUGAAACCUUGUACAGACUUGACGAG